AUGCAGCAGAUGGGACUUACGCCUGGACAGCCCUUGGUACCAGGUCAAGUUCAAGCAGUCGCGGCGAACCCCUACUUAACCGGCAUGCCCCAGGUGGGCGGCACCUACAGCCCCUACUUCGCACCUGCUGGUCUGCCGAUGCCCACCAUCAUGGGGGCGCCGGGAGACCCCACGGGGGGUGUUGGGAGCCCCUUAGGGGUCGUAGCGCCCCAGACGGUAGUCGCGCAACAGAAGAUGCCCCGAUCAGACAGGCUCGAGGUGUGCCGCGAGUUCCAGCGCGGCGCGUGCAAGCGUCCCGAGGGCGAGUGCCGGUUCGCCCAUCCGCCGGAAUCGGUCGCCGUGAACGAAGACGGCACGGUGACCGUGUGCAUGGACGCCGUGAAGGGCCGGUGCAACCGCGACCCCUGCAGAUACUUCCAUCCCCCGCUGCAUUUGCAGGCGCAGAUCAAGGCCGCCCAUUCGAAGGCGGCCGCCGCUGCAGCUGCCGCGGCUGCAGUCGCCGCUGUCGCGGCCUCCGCAACCGCCGCACAUGCAGCCACCGGAGCACCGGUGGCCGCAGCUGCCGCAGGAAUGGUAGCACCGCCUCCACCGCCGCCCUCAGUGGCUGCCCUAGCCGCCCAUCAGCAACAACAGGCCGCCCAAGCGGGCCAUUCGCAGCAGCAACAGCAACAGAUGCAGCUAGCCUUCGAGCUGCAAGGGAAGAAGAGGCCCAGAGAAGCGUCCGCAGCUGCAGGAGACGCGAACGCAGCUGAUCUGCUACUGAUGGAUAUGAAAUCAGUGGGCUCUUUUUAUUAUGAAAAUUUUGCCUUCCCGGCUGGCAUGGUACCUUACAAGCGACCAGCGGCCGAUAAAUCCGGCGUACCCGUCUACCAACCGAACGCCACCACCUACCAGCAGCUGAUGCAGCUCCAGCAGCCGUUCGUGCCCGUCUCAUGUGAGUACCCUUCAUCCCCUGGCACUCCUAACGCCGCCGCCUCUGUAACCACAAUGGCGACCGCCGGUACUGCCGCGCCACCGCCCCCGCAGCACCCUCCUCCAAGCGCAUCCGCUUCCCCUCCCGUCCAACCUCCAACCGCGCCCGGUACUCCCAAGGAGGACGCACAGCAACAGCAGCUGCAGCAACAACAGCAGCUGCAACAGCAACAAUUGCAGCAACAACAGUUGCAACAGUACCAGCAACAGUUGCAACAGCAGGUGCCUCCUCCUCCUCCCAGCCACUCUGCUCCACCGCCUAAUAUGCAUCAUGACCCCGCGGCACUCGCUAAGGAAGUAGCGCAGCAGAAUUACGCUAAGGCCAUCAAGCUAGCUGCGAUGAAUCAACAGUUGAAUCCUUUGAACUACACCGGCGUUUCGUUGAACAAGCAAAUGGUUGCUGCAACGCCUCAACCUGCUGCGUACUCUCGGUACCCCGCAACUUUACCAUUUCAGUUCCAAGCUAGCGGUUUGAGCCCCUUGGGUCUCGCUAACCCCUACCAAGCCGCAUUGGCGCAGCAAAAUCUCCUCAAUCUCCGUACAGCGCAAGCGGCACAGCCUAACUACCAGAUUAACCCCUACUCGUUGAUCCGACCACAAUACAUGACGGCAGCUGCUGCGCCUGCUCAGUAUCAGUUACUUCAACAGCAAGCGCAAUACCCGGUGACUGUCAGCGCUGCGCCAAUCACGACAGCGACGUCCAGCGCGAGUAUAGCUGUCGCUGCUGCACAAAACAAUAAUAAUAACGUCGUAUUACAGCCUUAUAAGAAACUGAAAACCACGUAGAUUCCACAGAAGCACGUUUAUGAGCCGUUCGGUGAUAGUUGACUGUUGAUGCUUGCUUUUUUGGGGAGUUGUUGACAUACAGAAAUGCUCUAAUGGUUCCGAGAUGCCUUGGGCAGUAGUUACCACAGUUGUAGAUUAUCCAAAAACAUCAUCAUUUGGACACAGUUGAAACUGUGACAGAAGCACAUUGCAUCAAAUAGCCUGUUGUUAGCAAUUUUCAUAAGCAGUGGCAUUUCAACAACUCAACGUCAGUAGCGGAGUCAUUUAUCCUAAAAAUAUUUUUAUAAAGUUAGUGUUUUGUUGGUUACUUGUAUUUUUAUAUGUGUUUAAGUAUUUGUAAUAUUUUUAUUACGGGAUUUUCUAAUAUGUUGAUGAAACGUAUAGCGUUUUUAGUGUUUCCUAUUCUUUUAUAAUUGGACGUUUAUUAGUUUUUAAAACACACUUUUUAUCGUUGUCGAUGUUUUUCAGUGUUUGCAUAUAUUCUAAGAUAUGUCUAGUCAAAGGAAUUUAUGGGAAUAAAGAUACAUAAGAUAACAUGACGCGUCUUCAAUGAAAAGAUAAUCAAUCUCAUAACCGCAGGCUGGCUCUGACAUAAUGUCAAGAAUUGAUUCAGAUUCAAGUGGAAGUUUGAUAGCUAUUUUUCAUAAUUUUUCGCUAAUUAUCUUAAUGACAAGAGUAUUAUUUCCAAUCUGGAAGCAAGCCACAUUACGUCUACAUAAUUUUUCUCGAAAGGGAAGUAUCUUCGCAUCUUUUCGGAAAAAUAUUUUGAAUAACAAAUAUGCAUGUUGCCAGGCCCAAAAUUCCGUGAAAUGUACUUUAAGCAAUGUUUUUGAAUGAAUAGAAAAAAAUAGUUCAUUUAUUUUGAUCAGGUUUCUAUAAAUUCUUCUGUACAAUUGAUAGUUUUCGAGAUUAAGCGAUUUGGGGUUUGUGGAAGAGUGAAAUAUGCCAUUUUCGACCCAGAAACACAAUAUGAAAAAACGAAAGUGUUAAUUUUGCCAAAGUCACUGAAUAUUCUCAAACAUGCAUUAGCAAAAUCUCAAAGCAUUCUGGUAUGUAUUCUUAUUGUAAACCUUUGUUUUUUAUUGUGAAUCAACCGAAUCGAUGUGUACCUUGAGCGCGCGCUUGAUUAACAAUUAAAAAACAAAGAUUUCCAAUAACAAUAGCCCCUGAAAUGCUUUGGGACUUUAUUAAUGGAUGUUUGAGGUAUAUUCGGAAACGUUGGCAACAUAAAUUUGUUUGUUGUCAAAAAACUUAGUCCGGAGCAAAAAAACAUUUUUCGAAAUUUGUUUGAAAAACUUGCUUAAACAAUAUUUGACGCAGUGUUUGAGCCUAGCAACAUUCAGAUUAGUUAAAAGGGGUCCUUUUUUAAUAAUAUUAUACAAGCGACCGAACCAAGGUAUUGUUUUCGGGUGAAUGCUAAUAUACUUCGUGGACAAAACAAAAAAUGACCAUAUGAUGGUACAAGCAAUUUAAGUAUGUGUUAAAAUUCACUUUUAAUGACCACAUUGUAUUUGUUUGAGCACAGCAUUACUAUAUUUACACCACAAUCUGCAAUAUCUUUGAACUUGAGUCGUUGCUAACAAGUUGAUGGCCUUAGCGUAUGACGAUUCGACAGACGUGAUCAUGUUUGAAGAAUAUUUGACGAAUGAUAACAAAUAAAUGAUAAAUAAAACACUGGGCAAUGCUCUAAGCGUUCCAGGACCAAAAGCGAGUGCCUCUGAACUGUGAUACCUUCACACCUACUGCUUGCACCGCUGAUUAUAAACCCAACCCCUUAUCCUUGCCCGAUAUACCCCGCUUUUAUUCCUGAAAGGCAGGAAAAGCCUGCUCUUUUGUAGCGCAUCCGACUAAUCUUAUGGAACCUAAGGUUAGGGCUGAACUUACCGAUGCAGCAUACAGGGUGAGUCUGAUGUCUCUAUACAAAAAUAUGCUACAGGUUAUCAUACGUUUCCAUUUGCUUUGAUUUUGUUUCUAGAAGUACAGCAGAUUUCGAGCAGGCCUCGGAAAAAUAAAAUAAAUACGUAUCAAUUAUAAUUAAAAAGGUAUUUCAUCCAUAAUCAAAAGACGUAAUACAUUAGUAUUUUUGUCUACAGAUAUCUGCUCAUCCUUUACUAUUUUUCAUAUAUUUUGGACUCGAGUGCAAUUUAAAAAAAAAGUCGGAAUUAACGUAAGUUCAGUCGACUAUAAUUUAUAAGGACAAUGUAUCUUUGCCAUUUCAAAAAAUGUGAAGAACUUGUUGUAUUUUAGAAGUAUUUGCAUGGUAUAUAUUUAUAUAUUUACAUAUUAAUCAAAGAGAGCCUAAGUCGCAUGGUAGAUGAAUUAUGCGCUGUGUAUUUUUUUGUUAGUUUCAUUCACAGACGGUGCCAUCUCAAUGCUCGGUAGCUUGUUAACCGACCCAAAAAGAUAUGAAGAGACGUAUCAUGCACAAAACAUAAUUCUUACUUUUUGUAAUAAAUAUCUCCAACUGCCGUGUAUAACAAAUUAAAAAUAUUUCGUUUAUUCAAAAAUGUAGUUUAGUUCAAAUGUAAUAGAUGUAGAAUGGUCAAAUAAUCUUGGAUAUUUGUGUUCUUUGAAUAGUCAGCAAAAAAAUACGCAUUGUGAUGAUUAAGUGCAAUAUUGAUAAAUCAAAUUAACUUGUUUUAAAAACGUUGUAUGUUCAAGGCUACUUUUUAUUGUUGACAGCAGCUUCCUAAAUGGUUUUUGUUGCGAUGGAACUUUGGUUUGCCUUCGGCAUCAUAUGCAUCUCAAACGUCAUCCUUUUUUGCAAUGAAGUUAU